GUUGACUGCAUCAACCGUCUCGCUUGCUCACGAUCAUCUCCAAUUAAGCUGCCGUUGCUGCUGCCACCACACCGUGCCCUCAUCGCUGUCCACCUGUCCUGUAGUCGCUGACAGGUCGCGUGCUCACAAUCCGUCCAGUCCUGCCAUCGAAUAUCAGCAGAGUUUAAGCUGCAAAAGAGACCGGACCAAGCUCAUCUGGUCAGGAGAGAACCCAGUCGAGCCCUUCAACAAUGGCUGGCAGAUUCGUGCGCGCAUCCAAGUAUCGCCAUGUCUUUGGACAGCCCACCAAAAGGGAGCAGUGCUACGAUGGCCUCCGCAUAUCCAAGAAUGCCUGGGACACCAAUCUCAUAAAAGCGAAUCCUGAAUAUCUCGCAGUCAAUUGGGAGGCUAGUGGGGGAGGUGCCUUUGCCGUCAUUCCCAUCAACGAGCGUGGCCGUGCCCCCGAUCGCAUACCUCUCUUCCGAGGCCACACAGCAGCUGUGCUGGACACCGACUGGAACCCCUUUGAUGAUCAUCUGCUCGCGUCCGGCUCGGACGACGGCAAGGUCUUUCUAUGGAGGGUGCCUGAGGGCUUUACCUUGCAUACGGACGCCGAAGAGCCGGCCGACGUGUCGCCCGUCGGCCGACUAGCUGGCCAUUCGAGAAAGGUGGGACACGUGCUCUUCAACCCGGCCGCAGCCAACGUGGUGGCCAGUUCGAGCGGCGAUUACACGAUCAAACUGUGGGACAUUGAACAGGGACAAGCCAGGCUUACCCUGAAACACGCAGACAUUGUGCAAAGCUUGUCGUGGAGUGCGGACGGUGCGCUGAUGGUCACAACGAGCAGAGACAAGAAGCUUAGGAUCUGGGACGUGCGGCAGGAAAAAGCCGUGCAGGAGAACCCGGGCCACCCAGGCGCAAAGAACAGCAGAGCCGUGUGGAUGGGUGAGCACGACAGGAUCGCGACGACCGGAUUUUCACGAAUGAGCGACCGUCAGCUCGGUCUGUGGGAUAUCAAGAAUCCGAAAGAGCCCAUAGGAGGAUUCCAGAUUCUCGACUCGCUUUCGUCCAUCUGCAUGCCCUUCUGGGACGACGCCACGAAGAUGCUGUAUCUGGCAGGAAAAGGAGACGGCAACAUUCGCUACUAUGAGUACGAGAACGACAAAUUUGAGUAUCUUUCCGAGUACAAGUCCGGAGACCCUCAGCGAGGCAUCGCCUUCCUUCCCAAGCGUGGCGUCAAUCUGCACGAAAACGAGAUCACCCGGGCGUACAAGACGGUCAACGAUUCAUGGAUUGAGCCAAUUUCGUUCAUCGUGCCGAGGCGGGCAGAGGUCUUCCAGGAGGAUAUCUACCCGCCAACUUCUGGACUUAAGGCUGGUGUGUCUUGCAAAGAGUGGUUUGACGGCAAGACGGGCCUGCCUCCCAAGAUCUCUUUGGAGAGCGUGUACGAAGGCAAGGAUCCAGUCGAAGUCAAGUCGGACUACAAGCCGCGGGAGGCGCUGACGUCCAACGCCACGACGACUAAGACUGAGCCGCCCAAACCAAAGCCAGAACCGGAGGCGUCGUCGGUUCGCAGCCCCGCGUCGCGGGGCCCACCAGCUGAGAUGAAGGACAACAAGGCAUCCAUUUCGGCCAUGGCAAACAAGUAUGCUGACAAGGAUGACGAGAUGUCCGAGGACGAUGCCUCCAGCUUUGAAGAAGUCCCAAAGCCGGUUGAGAGGCCAUCUGUUUCAGCGGCACGGCAAGACGAGAAGGAAAAGGCUUCCACUGUCACGAAGGAACCUGCCAAAGAAGAGUCUAAAUCAGCGGCGUCGGUGAAGUCGCCCACGACUGCUUCUGCGUCGCAGGCUCCACGGACUACAUCUGGAAACACCUGGUCCAAAGGUGCCGAAUCCGCAACAUCCAGUGGUGCGCCUACUCCCACAGCAGCAACCGCACCAGCGUCGGCUCCCACAUCUGGUGGGCCGGCCGAAGGCCUGAGGUCGGCUCUUGUCGAGAUGAAGGAGCAAAACAGUCGUAUCCUUAGCUUACUCGAGCAGCAAGGCCGCGCGUUGGGAAAGCAGACGGAGCAGAUCAUGAUCCUGACCGAAGAAGUGGAGAGAUUGAAAGGAAAGGGCGGCAGUGCGCCUGCAGACGCUGGAAAUGCGGAUUUGCUGGAAAAGAUCAGGAGACUGGAACUUGAGCUUGAGGAAGCACGAAGCUCGUGAGUCCAAUCUAGAUGAGCCUUCAUGAUUGCUCCGGUUGUUUUCGGCGAAUGGAGGGAGCCUGGCCGAUACUCAUGUUUGACCUUUAGCGACAGUUGAUACGUCCAUGUGUGUUCGAAUCAUCAUCUUUCCUUCCUGCGUCACUUUCUUACAUGCAUCUAAAAUUCCUUAAACUUCACCUCAAUCUCUGUACCACUGACAGCGACAAGUUUUUGUCCUCUUUCGACUCUCUUGGUGACGCACGAAAGGCUGUGAAACGAGGAACACACUCUUAUUGGCUUUCGAGUGUUCGCAAGCACCGAGACGCUGAGCUUAAACCGUGCAAUCGAAU